CUGUAUAGCAUAUUCAGUGGAAACGUGUGGAUGUAAUAUUGUGUAAUCUGGUGGCAUCAGAAUUUCACUGAAUGGAUCCAAACAAGCCUGACCUUGGUGAUGGGACAAGUGUCCCUUGGUUGGGGCGUGGGAGAGGUAUACAACCUGAAGAGUUGGCUUCAGGUCUUAGUAGAGGGCUGCUGCUCUCUACAGAAGGGCGUGGUUUAGGCCGAGCAAGAGUGUUCCCCACGCUUGCCGGUGGAGGAUUAACUGCGCCCAUCAGUGAACCUGUGCUUGGACGAGCCAGAGGACUGCUCUUUCCAGCAGCUGAACCAAUAGUAGGGGUGGCAAGAGGCACUCUCUUCCCUAGUUUGGAGCCACAGCCUGGACAGAAACCUCCAUGUGAAACCACAACACAAGGCCUCAAAGAAGAGACCCCAACUUUGACAACUAAACAGGUUGACAUUCUGACCCUUGGUCAAGGAUCGCCACUGGUCUCCAUGUUUAGAGGAAUGGGAAUUGAGCCCUCGCUGGCUUCAUGGGGAAGAGGAACACCACCAGUUGGAAGGGGAGUGGCUGUUGAAAUGGGAGAAUGGAAGAGAGAGAUUGUCAGCCAACCUGAAGAGGUGAUGGGUAGAGGCAGUCUUUGUGGCCGAGGUUUGUCCCCACAGACGAUGGUGGGGCUUGGAAGAACAGUGAUGCCACAGCUUGGAAGAGGAAGCACUUCAUUUGCUUCUUUUCCCCCAGCUCAUGUUGAGUUACUUUCCCCUAAAUCUGAGCCACAACCACCUCGAUAUCCUCAGGCUUCUCAUGCAGGUGAAGCAGCCACACCUCCUGUGACCACCCCUCAAGAUGUCAAGAUUUCUACUAUUUCACCUGUAAAGACAAAGCUGAAAAUGGAGGCAGUCCCGGAGCCCCUUAAUAAGGCCGGAACAAAAGGAACUCCUAUCAAUAUUGGCUCAAACCACAUCCCCAUUUUCUGCAAGAAUGAAGCUGUUUAUCAGUAUCAUGUUACAUUCACUCCAAAUGUUGAAUCAAUGGCUAUGCGUUUCGGCAUGAUGAAAGAUCACCGCCCAACCACGGGGGAUGUUGUGGCUUUUGAUGGCUCCAUACUCUACCUGCCUGUGAAGCUGAAUGAUGUGGUUGUUCUCAAGAGUGUGAGACGAACUGAUGAUGAGGAAAUACAAUUAAAAAUCCAGUUGACAAAGAUUUUGCCUCCCCACUCAGAUCUGUGCAUCCCAUUCUACAAUGUUGUGCUCAGAAGAAUAAUGAGAAUCAUCGGACUAAAGUUGGUGGGACGAAAUCAUUACGAUCCAGAGAGUGCAGUCAUUGUUAAAAGUCAGGGCCUUCAGGUGUGGCCAGGCUAUUCAACCGCAAUCAAGCGUACAGAUGGAGGCUUAUACCUGUGUGUGGAUGUGUCCCACAAAGUCUUGCGGAAUGACACUGUGUUGAAUGUCAUGAACACUUUGUACCAACAGAGUCGGGAGAAAUUCCAAGAUGAAUGCACCAAAGAACUGAUUGGGAGCAUUAUCAUCACCCGCUACAACAACCGCACCUAUCGUAUCGAUGGCAUUGAGUGGAACAAGUCACCCAAAGACACCUUUGUAUUGAUGGAUGGCACCAAGACCACGUUUGUGGAAUACUACAGCAAGAAUUACGGCAUCACCAUCAAAGAAAUGGACCAACCUCUGCUCAUGCAUCGGCCAAAAGAGAGAUCCAAGCCAGGGGGGAAGCAACUCAUUACUGGAGAGGUCCUUUUAGUGCCAGAACUUUCUUUCAUGACAGGAAUCCCAGAGAAAACGAAGAAGGACUUCAGAUCUUUAAAGGAGCUGACCAUGCACAUCAAUGUGAGCAGUCACCAGCACACCCACUCAAUAAAGCAGCUUCUGAAGAACAUCAUUUCCAACCCUGAGAGUCUGAAGGAACUCAGCCGAUGGGGACUGGAGAUUAGUUCAGAAAUACCUUUGAUUAAAGGUAGAACUCUACCCCUUGAAACUAUCUGCCUUCAGUCUUCAUCGUUUGCCACCGGGAGUGAUUUAUCCUGGUCCAGAGAGAUUGUCAGGGAUUUUUCCAUUAGUUCUAUCCCCUUGAACAUCUGGGCUGUCUUCUACCCUCGGCGCUGUGCAGACCAGGCCAAGCAGCUGUUUGAGACAUUUAAAAAGGUGGCUGGACCAAUAGGUCUGAGACUGGAACAACCCAUGUUUGUGGAGCUGAGAGACGACCGCACUGAGAGUUAUGUCAGGAGCAUCCAUUGCCAACUCACCAGUGAACCCAACAUGCAGCUUGUAGUGUGCAUCAUGGUUGGCAACAGAGAUGAUCUCUACAGUGCCAUAAAGAAGCUGUGCUGUGUCAAAAGCCCCAUCCCAUCUCAGGCCAUCAAUAUCCGGACUAUUUCCAACCCAAUGAAGUUGAAGAGUAUUGCCCAAAAGAUACUCCUGCAGAUGAACAGCAAGUUAGGAGGAGAGCUGUGGACAGUCAACAUCCCUCUGAAACACUUGAUGGUGGUUGGGGUUGAUGUCCACCAUGACACCAGCAAGAAGCAUCAGUCAGUCAUGGGCUUUGUUGCAAGUGUGAACAGCUCACUGACCCGCUGGUACUCCAGAGUGACUUUCCAGACACCCACUGAGGAACUAAUCAGUGGCUUCAGAGUUUGCUUACUGGCCGCACUGCAGAAGUACCAUGAGGUGAACCACAACUUGCCAGAGAAGAUUGUGGUGUAUCGGGAUGGUGUGUCAGAUGGCCAGCUGAAGGUGGUGGAGCAGCACGAGAUCCCACAGCUGAUUAAAUGCUUUGAGAUUUUCCCUGGUUAUGAGCCCAAGCUCGUCUUCAUUGUUGUCCAGAAGCGCAUCAGCACCACCCUGUACUCCUGGUGUGCAAACAAUUUUGAGACCCCUCCUCCUGGGACCAUUUUGGAUCACACCAUCACUCAUAAAGACUGGGUGGACUUCUAUCUGAUGGCGCAUCACAUUCGCCAGGGCUGUGGAUUUCCUACACACUACAUCUUGCUCUACAACACAGCAAACCUCACACCAGACCACUUGCAAAGGCUGACUUUCAAGAUGUGCCACUUGUACUGGAACUGGCCAGGCACCAUUCGUGUUCCAGCACCAUGCAAAUAUGCCCACAAACUGGCUUUCCUGUCAGGCCAGUACCUGCACUCAGAGCCGGCCAUCCAGCUAUCGGACAAGCUCUUCUUCCUUUGAAGUACAGCAGAAUAUCAGACCAUCAGAAUAUGCGUUGCAUCCGUCUGGAAAAGGCACAAAAAGAUUGAUAGUGCAGAGGCACUGCACUAGUUUAAAGUAAAUAACAUCCUUUACAUUUUAGAUCAUUGAGUUUCACUUUUCUUUUCUUUUUUAGAAGUGACCAGGAAAACGUGUCCAGACACAUUUUCCAGAGUUUGAAAUUUGGAUAUUUAAACCACAGCAGGAGAUUGUCUGGGUCAGACACAUCCACAACAGCUGGAAAACGUCCUGGGUGAGGUCAGAGGAGUGAAGGACGUUCAGGACAUUUUUUUUUUGUAGAUUGAUGUAUUUUGUCAAGGGGUCACCAGGACAUUUUCAAGAAAUUUUCAGGAGCCGGCAGUAACGGUUUGGAUAAAGCCCCACGUUUCAAACGGAUUUACAAACUUCUGUGCAUAUCCUAAAACAGCAAAAGUCUCCACAGUGUGAGUGCCUUCUGUUGCCUAGCAUUGAAUUCACCUAUUCUCAGGUCCUUCACAAGUACAUGUUUGCUUCUGCUGAGACCCAGUCCACGUGUAGGUUGGUAUACACAUGCAAACUGGAUUAAGUUUCUAAAGUACAACAUCACAUUUGUUUACAUGAAAAGAGUUGUGUAAUGGUGUUGGAUGUAGUCAAACUCUGCUUGUAUUAGUGUUGGUGCUAACUAGCUAGCACCACCUGUUGAUUUGGUGUGCUUUUGACAGCACUUAGCUGUGGGUUUUUGUAUUUACAUGUGUUUCAAGAUGUUUUUGAGACCAUUUUUGAUGUUUUGAUUCUGUCAGGUACAUGGCUACCCUGUUAGAAUGCAUGUUGUUGACUAUGUCAUUUAGUGGUUGUAGAGUUAAAUUUGUUAAAAUUUAAGCAUGUCAUAUUUAAGUUUGUUCUUAAUAAAAAUCACCUAUGGAAUGACUGCACCACAAAGAGA